CAAGGGCGCGCGGCACCCGCGCCCCGCCGGCCGCGCUGCCGCCGCCCCGAGCGCUCCCUCACGGCCCGGCCCGGCCCUCACGGCCCCCCCACCGCCGCCGCCGCGGCGCCUCUCCCCGGCCGCGCACCAUGCCGGCCGACCUGAUGGAGAAGAGCAGCGCCUCGCCGGUGGCCGCCACCCCCGCCAGCGUCAAUGCGACGCCCGACAAGCCGAAGACGGCGGCGGAGCACCGCAAGUCCUCCAAGCCCAUAAUGGAGAAGCGGCGGCGGGCGCGCAUCAACGAGAGCCUGGGGCAGCUCAAGACGCUGAUCCUGGACGCGCUGAAGAAGGAUAGCUCCCGGCAUUCUAAGCUGGAGAAGGCCGACAUUCUGGAGAUGACCGUCAAGCACCUGCGGAGCCUCCAGCGAGCCCAGAUGACUGCUGCCCUGAGCACAGACCCCACAGUACUGGGCAAGUACCGAGCUGGCUUCAGCGAGUGCAUGAACGAGGUGACGCGAUUCCUCUCCACCUGCGAGGGCGUCAACACUGAGGUGCGCACCCGGCUCCUGGGCCACCUGGCCAGCUGCAUGACCCAGAUCAACACCAUGAACUACCCUGCGCCCCCCCCGCCGCCCCCGUUGCCACCAGCUGCAGCCUUUGGGCCACCCCUGGUUCCCCCAGGCAGCGGUGUGGGGCCGCUCCCUGGCAUGCCCUGCAAGCCAGGUGCCGAUGCAGCUAAGGUGUACGGUGGCUUCCAGCUGCUGCCAGCCUCCGAUGGGCAGUUUGCCUUCCUCAUCCCCAGCACUGCCUUUGCUCCUGGUGGAGCUGUGCUGCCUCUGUAUGGUGGCCCACCCACGGCUGCCACUGCUGCCUCGCCGCCAGGCCCGCCACCUGGCACAGCCGACUCAGUCUGGAGACCCUGGUGAGGGUGGCGGGCACCGGACUGGACUUGGCACCGCACCCCGUGCUGCUGGCACGGCUGUACAUAGAUUAUAUGUUCAUAUUGGAUUGUGCCUUUGUACCAUAGCACUCCCUUGACAGUGUUUCGUGUUUUACACGAGAUUUUUUUUUUUUUCUUCCUUUCCUUCCCUUCCUUAUGUGACACCAAAGAUUGGGGGUUUGUUUUUUGGUUGGGAUUUUUUUUUUCUUUUUUUUUUUUUGAAUGCUCUUAAAAUAAAAGUUUCCCUUCCAUUUUGGAAGGCCUUUGGAGAAAAUUGGAGCUCUGGCAUGUGUGCAUAGGAGGGAGCCCAGUUCCUGGCUGCCUGUGGAUCUUGCUGCUCCAGGGCUGCCUUUUCCUGCUCGCCAGGCUGGAGCUGUCACUCAGACCCUCUGUCCCCUCUGUCUUGUGAAAUCACCUGGCCCCUCUCCCUGCCCUGGGGCAGAUGUAGUUACUGCUUCUUUGGGAGCAGCUCAAUUAAUCAGACUUGUUAAAAGGAGCUUGUAUUUGCAGAGCUUGUGAAUGUGCUGUGGGAGGCACCUCUGCUCUGUUCUGGCACCUCGGGCUGAUGGAGUUGGUGUAGCCGUGGUAAAGCAAGACACUGAGCUGCCCGGGUGAGCCUCCUGCCCUGGACCCGGAGGAGCCUGCUUCCCAGGCUGUAGUGUAAAUUGCAAGUGACUCCAGUCAGUUGAUUGAGAGAGCGGUGCCUGCCAGCUUCUCGUGUUACAAAAGCAGUGGCUCUCCGCAGAGCAAGCCUGACACGAGUGCUCCUGUCUCCUGGCUGACGGGCUGCAGCAGGCGCUGGGCACCACCUCCACCUGGACUUAAAAGCAUAGAG